GGAACUUUGUGCCAUAACCUCACAUUUUCUUGAUGAGAGUUUUCUUGCACAAUCCCUCCUGUGUUUUCCGCGAGAGAGAAAAACAAUGCAAUCCUUGCUAAUUAGAUCCUCAUCUAGUCUAUUUACUCGAAAUUUGCUCUUUUGCUCGCGAUCAGUGAUCCGAAGUGGACAAAUCUCGAGGAAUUUCUUCGCACAAAAUGCUUCGAAGCAACUUACCUGCCAGAAAACAUCCCUGGCAGGUAGAAUUCCACAACUCCUGGCCAUAAGACGAAUGGGAACGUUGCCGGAGAAAUCUCGAAAGAGUGUUGGGUACUGGCUCCUUGGAUGCAGCGGAAUGGUUUUUGUGGCUGUGAUUUUAGGCGGUGUCACGAGACUCACGGAAUCUGGCCUUUCGAUGGUAUCGUGGAAGCUUCUGGGAGAGAAGAGGCCCAGCAAUGAGGAGGAGUGGGUGGCUGAAUUUGAAAAGUAUCAGCAAUUUCCGGAAUUUAAAAUAAAGAAUCCCAAUAUGACUUUGGCAGAAUUCAAAUUCAUCUGGUACAUGGAGUACAUUCAUAGAACAUGGGGGAGAGCCAUUGGUGGCUUUUAUGCUCUUCCUGCAAUUUAUUUCUGGACUCGAGGAUACUUCAGCAAGUCCAUGAAGAUUCGCGUGCUGGCUUUUGGGGCACUUAUUGGUAUUCAGGGGCUCAUGGGGUGGUAUAUGGUGAAAUCGGGGCUUGAGGAUCGUUUUCACGGCGAAUCAGACGUCCCGCGUGUCUCACAAUAUCGCCUUGCAACACAUCUCUCCUUUGCCUUCAUCCUCUACACACUCUUCCUCUGGUCAGCGCUGGAUCACCUCGUGCCGGCACAGAAAUUGGCAGGAACAGUCACAAAAGCCGCCAUCAGAUUCCGCUGGUUGGCUCACACAACAAAGGGAAUGGUGUUCCUUACAGCUCUCUCGGGGGCUUUUGUAGCCGGCCUGGAUGCUGGACUUGUGUACAAUUCAUUCCCAAAAAUGGCAGAUCGAUGGAUCCCAUCGGAUAUUCUCGCAUUCUCACCAACUCUGCGGAAUUUCACGGAAAAUCCCACAACGGUGCAAUUUGAUCAUCGCAUCCUGGGCAUCACGACGCUCUCCCUCAUCUCAGGCCUCUACCUCAUCUCCCGGAAGCGCACCCUGCCGCCCAGAGCUCAUACAGCCGUUGCUGCUGUUGCCAUGAUGGGAUGGCUGCAGGUUCUCCUCGGCAUCACCACACUCAUCACGCACGUUCCAGUCGCCCUUGCUGCCAGUCAUCAAUCCGGCUCCCUCAUCCUCCUUUCUCUGGCCGUAUGGCUCACGCAUGAAUUGAAAUUUGUUAAAAAACUUCCAAAGUAAAAGAAUAAAUUGCAUUUUUUUUCCUAAAA